AUGGCCUAUCAUUUAAGUCUCCGGCGCCUUCUCGCCUUGAGCGCGCUAUGCUCCCUAGGCAGCGCUCAUUCCAAGAUCCAAAAGGCGUCUUGUGAUGGAGGAAAGACUUCGAGUAUUGGAAUGGGCACGAACCCAAAUAUUCCCAUCGACGGCGAGGACCCCACCCCGUUCCAACUGGAUAGUCCUAUUAUCCGAACAAAAGAAAAGGACAAUCUCCUAGUCAAUGGGUGCGGGCGGACCAAGCUGCAAACGAAUAUUGACGUGGCAAAUGAAACGGAGAUUGCGAUUCAAAACAACCAAAUCGCAAAUUGUAAGCCGGGAGAUACCCUGACUAUGACGGUUUUCGUCGUCAACACAGACGGCUCCGGUCCCUACUUUGCCGACAUUGACGAGAAGAGCAAUGUGGGAAUCUUCCGAGAACUUGGUAAAGUUGAUGGCAUUGACGGAAAGAAUGGUAUUCAACGAAACGCAUUUACAGCUUUCGAUGUCCAGAUCCCACUGCCUAAUGAUAUGAAAUGCGAGGGCGGCAAGGACCUCAAUGCAUGCACUCUCCGCAUUCGUAACCUGGCCGACGCUGGGCCGUUUGGCGGCUGCGUGGCGUUACAAGAUGUCACGAAAGGCGGUGCAGGAAACGGAGGUGCAGGAAACGGAGGUGCAGGAAACGGCGGUGCAGGAAACGGUGGUGCAGGAAACGGUGGUGUAGGAAAUGGUGGAAAUGGUGGAAAUGGUGGUCUAGGCAACGGCGACCAAGGAAACAAUGAUCUAGGAGAUGGCGGCCUAGGAGGAAAUGGAGGUCAGGGAAAUAAGGGUCAAGGAAAUAAGGGCCAAGGAAAUAAGGGUCAAGGAAACAAAGGCCAAGGAAACAAAGGUCAAGGAAACGCGAAGAAUCCUAUCAACAGACGAGGGAUGAGAAUCAAGCGGGCUGAAAACGCCAAGCAGGGUGGGAAAGGCGGCGACGGUUCGAAGAAUACCGGUACUGGCAACAGGAAACCCGGCAAAGCUGGCGGUAACCAGAAUACCGGAGCUGGCGGUAACCAGAAUACCGGAGCUGGCGGUAACCAGAAUACCGGAGCUGGCGGUAACCAGAAUACCGGAGCUGGCGGUAACCAGAAUACCGGAGCUGGUGGUAACCAGAACAGCAACAACGGAGGCGUUCGAUCGCCGGAUGAUAUUACCACAGCCGACACUCUCGAUAUUAUCCUGAAAGAACAGCAGAUUAGCCUCAAGAGCUUGGAAGAUUUUCUCAAAAACGGCGGAAAGAACCAAGGUGGAAACCCACAGAAUGGCCAGAAUAACGCCGGGAAUGGUCAAACUGGUGGCAACCAAACUGGCGGCAACCAAACUGGCGGCACCCAAACUGGCGGCAAUCAAAAGGGCGGCAAGCAAAAGGGUGGCAAUUAA